UUGUACUAUUCCUGUCCAUGUACCUGGUCACAGUGGUCGGGAACCUGCUCAUCAUCGUGGCUGUCAGCUCUGAUUCCCACCUCUACACCCCCAUGUACUUCUUCCUCUCCGACCUUUCCUUGGCUGACAUCUGUUUCACCUCCACCACAGUCCCAAAGCUGAUUGUGGACAUCCAGAGUGACAGCAGAGUCAUCUCCUAUGUGAGCUGCCUGACACAGAUGUCUCUGUUUAUUAUAUUUAUAUGUAUGGAUGCUAUGCUUCUGACUGUGAUGGCCUAUGACCAAUUUGUGGCCAUCUGUCAUCCCCUGCAGUAUCUGAUCAUUAUGAAUCCUCGCCAUUGUGUCUUCCUAGUUGUUCUGUCUUUUUUAUUUAGCAUCUUGGACUCUCAGCUACACAAUAUGAUUGUCUUACAAUUUACCUACUUCAAGGAUGUCAUCAUUUCCAAUUUCUUCCGUUACCCUGCUCUACUUCUUAACCUUGACUGUUCUGACAACUUCUCCAGUAACAUUUUAAAGUAUAUUGCUGCUGUGUUAUUUGGAUUUUUUCCCAUCUCAGGGAUAUUUUUAUCUUACUAUAAAAUUAUUUCUUCCAUCCUGAGAAUUCCAUCAAAAGGAGGGAAAUUUAAAGCCCUGUCCGCCUGUGGGUCUCACCUGUCAGUUGUUUGCUUAUUUUAUGGAACAAGCAGUGGCGUGUACUUCAGUUCAGCUGUAUCACAAUCUCCCACAUAUUGUUUGGGGUCCUCAGUCAUUUAUACCUUGGUCACCCGAAUGCUAAAUCCCUUCAUCUACAAUCUGAGGAACAGGGAUAUUAAAAGUAGCUUGAGCAGACUACUCAGUAGAAAAUUCUAAUGUUAGGACCUGAGUUAUGCAUUAUAAAUAUAGAGUGAACAAGAUAGCAAAAUUAAACAUUUGUACCUAUACAUUAUGUUUCUGCAAUCACACUGUUUUUGUAAUAGCUGAUUUGAAAUUCUCAUCACAUAUUUAACGUAGUAAAAUAGUUGUAGUGUUAGAGCCUGGAAGUAUUGGGACUUUUAACGGGUACAAUGCUUUAGUUUGUGAAGAUGAACAAUUUCAGUACAUAGACUUUGGGGCUGGAUGUACUAUAGUAUGAGUAUUAUUAUUGCCACUGAGAUCUGCACUUGAAAAUGGUGAAUGUCAUCAAUUUUUAAAUUAAAAUUUGGCAUAAUAGAAAUGGAAACAAGCAAUGAAAAACAAAACACAGAUAAGUCUUGAAAAGAAACAAAAGAAAUGAAUAUAUAACUAAGCUUCAUUCUGAUUCUAUGAAGAACCCACUAAUUUAGUUAUUUAUUUUCUCUUAUUCUCCCAUUAAUAUUAGAAUGCCCUUAGAGUUUAUAAUGGACCAAUUUGGUUAAUUGUGAGCUCUAUCCAUUGAGUCUCCAAUGUCAUAUAAUAUUUAAUAUUCAGUCCAUGCUCCAGAAGUUAUUUGAUGGAUCCAUUCCAGCAGGCACCAUACCUGUGUCUCCUCCUCCUAUGGUUGUCUGUGUCAAAACAUCCUGGUAUGAGACUGCAUGCAAGUCUAUUCUGAAGGCAGAGCUUGGGUUUUCAUUAGGAAAUGUGUAGAGAAGGGCUAUUGAAUUUUCUAUCUUAUCAUGACCCCAAAGAGCACUAACAAAGCAUUAAAUGGUGAAAGACA